AUGUUCCACCAAGUGAGGGUCACACCCGCCCACACUGAUGCGCUCAGAUUCUUGUGGUGGGAGAACGGCAACACGGACACGACGCCUAAGGCGUACAAGAUGCAAGUCCAUCUGUUUGGAGCGACUUCGUCUCCAAGCUGUGCAGGCUUUGCACUCCAAAGGACUGAGGAAGACAACAGGCAGGACUUUGAGCCAGAAGUUUGUCAGAUAGUCAAGGACAAUUUCUAUGUCGAUGACUGCCUGAAGUCUGUUCGCUCUACAGAGGAAGCGAUAAGGCUCAUUCCUCAGUUAUGCAGCCUUCUAAGAAAAGGAGGAUUCAGACUAACAAAGUGGGUCAGCAAUGACAAGGAAGUGUUGGAAACAGUCCCUCUUACAGAAAGGGCUGCAUCGGUAGUUGAUCUAGAUUUGGAUCAUCUUCCAAUAGAGAGAACACUUGGAGUCUUAUGGAACAUGGACUCUGACAUGUUUAGCUUCAAGGUUUCUCCCAAGGACGUACCAGCAACAAGAAGGGGUAUACUGUCCGCCACAAGCUCCUUGUAUGAUCCACUUGGAUUUGUGGCACCUUUCACAGUAAAUGCAAAGCUUCUUUUGCAGGAUCUUUGCGCCCAAGGUCUUGGCUGGGACGAGAAGAUCAAGGACCAGGACUUGCAACGCUGGCGAGCCUGGCUGGCUGAGUUACCAGAGUUAACCUCAGUACACAUCCCCAGAUGUUUCAAGCCAUCUGACUUCAAGGACCCUGUCUAUGAUCUCCAUGUGUUCUGUGAUGCGUCAGAAAGAGCAUAUGCAGCAUGUGCCUAUCUACGGAUAGAGGAUUCUGGUCGCACCCACAGUGCACUUGUGAUGGGGAAGACAAGACUUUGUCCUCUGAAGAAGAUGACAAUUCCCAGAUUGGAGCUGCCAGCAGCAGUACUAGCGGUAAAGCUGGGUCGAACCAUCAUGGAAGAACUCAGGCUACCAGUGAGGAGCGUCACAUACUGGACUGACUCUACCUCAGUGCUGCUGUACAUAAGGAAUACCAGUAGGAGAUUCCGUACAUUUGUGGCAAACAGAGUAGCUGUCAUUCAAGAAAAGAGUGGCACUUCACAGUGGCGCUACGUUGAUACCAAGAGCAAUCCAGCAGAUGAUGGCUCAAGAGGAUUGCAUGCAGGACAGCUAUCAAGAUGGAUCCAAGGACCAAACUUCCUUCUGAAGCAAGAAGAAGACUGGCCGGAAGCAUUCCUAACUCCGACUGACCAGAGAGUAUUGCCCGCUCAGGACCUCAAGGAUGAUCCUGAGAUGAAGAGGACUAAUGCCAUAUCAAUCAAGCCUCAAGACAGCAUUAGUAAUCUGAUCAGUCGCUAUUCAUCCUGGAAUAGAUUAAAGAGAGGAGUAGCUUGGAUCCUUCGCUUCAAGGCACACUUGAUAGCCCGCACAAAGAAAGGUACAUCUCAGAAGACUACAGAUUUGACACCUUCCGAGUUGUCGGAAGCUGAGCUGGAAAUAGUGAAGUACAUUCAGAAGGAUGCCUUUCCAGCUGAGUUUGAGAAGAACAAGAAGUCAAGGGUUGAACAGUCCUCCAUGAAGAAAUUGAACCCUACCCUAGUUGAUGAUGUCCUGAGGGUAGGAGGGAGACUGGACAGAUCACCUAUUGACUUUGAUGCCAAACACCCCAUGAUAUUGCCAAGCAACCAUCAUGUGACCAGACUGCUCAUUGAGCACCACCAUCAUGAAGUUGGUCACUCUGGUGCAGGCAUGACAUGGACGGCACUAAGGUCGAAAUAUUGGAUCCUGAAGGGGGGUUCCACUGUUCGACGGAUCAUAGGGAAAUGCAUUCAAUGUAGGAAGAGGAAUGCACCAAGAGGAAGGCAAAUGAUGGCUGACUUGCCGAAAGAAAGAGUGACACCUGGCAGGCCGCCAUUUACCUUCACCGGAGUCGACUACUUCGGGCCAUUCAGUGUUAAGCAAGGACGGAGCCAGCCAAAGAGGUAUGGCUGUAUAUUCACUUGUUUGACAACUAGGGCUGUACAUCUGGAGAUAGCCAACUCCUUGGAUACAGAUUCAUUCAUUAACGCUCUUAGAAGAUUUGUAAAUCGCAGGGGGCUACCUGAGAAAAUCUUUAGCGACAAUGGCACAAACUUCAGAGCAGGACAUAAAGAACUAAAACAGAGCCUAGCAGAGCUCAAUUCAACAAAGGUGGGUCGCUUUCUAACUCAGCGAGGGAUUGAAUGGGCGUUUAAUCCUCCGGGUGCGAGCCACAUGGGUGGUGUUUGGGAAAGAGUAAUCCGGUCAGUUAGGAAGAUAUUGGGAAAUCUUCUCAAGCUUCAGACUGUAACCGACGAAACUCUCAGCACACUCAUGUCUGAAGUAGAAGCAAUCCUCAAUGCUAGGCCAUUGACACCCUUAAGCGCGGAUCCAAAAGAUGAGGAACCGCUAACUCCGAACCAUCUUCUUCUCAUGAGAAGAAAUCAGUCACUUUCACCAGGGGUAUUUGAUAAGAGUGAUUGUUAUACUCGAAGAAGAUGGAGACAAACUCAAUAUCUGGCCGGACAGUUCUGGAGGCGUUGGACAAAGGAAUACCUUCCCUUGCUCCAAGAACGCCAAAGGUGGCUUAAACCACAAAGAAACUUCCAGACUGACGACCUUGUACUCAUAGCUGAUGACACUGCUCCUCGUGGGCACUGGCCACUAGGUAGAGUGACUAUGACCUACCCAGACAGACACAGACUCGUUAGACAAGUUGAAGUUAGGGUAGAAUCUAAAUACUAUAAACGACCAAUUUCUAAAUUAUGUUUUUUAGAGAGCAACGAUUAG